GUAACAUUACGUUAGUGGUUCACCCUUGCCUGCCGUGGACUGUAACGCGCCCGAUCAUCUCUCUUACUACGUACUUCGUAAACUCCUAUCCCACGUACUAUCCGUACUCAAAGAGUAAACAAUCCAGUGAGAUCGAUCUGAUUUUUUUGCACCUAGUGGGAUAAACGUGAAAGAACAGGUCAGGAAAAUGAGAUUCGGCUCUGCCUCGAUUCUUCUUGUUCUUGCGAUUGUAACAUUAGUUGCAGCUAAGAAAUCCGGGGAUGUAACUGAAUUGCAGAUCGGUGUGAAGCAUAAGCCAAUUACUUGUGAACUCCAGGCUCAUAAAGGUGAUAGAAUUAAAGUACAUUAUCGGGGAAAGCUUACUGAUGGAACUGUGUUCGAUUCCAGUUUUGAAAGGGGUGACCCUAUUGAAUUUCCGCUCGGUCAAGGUAGCGUGAUCAAAGGAUGGGAUCAAGGACUCCUUGGAAUGUGUGUGGGUGAAAAGAGAAAGUUAAAAAUACCUGCUAAACUUGGUUAUGGUGAUAAUGGGUCCCCACCUAAGAUCCCAGGUGGUGCAACACUUAUCUUUGACACUGAGCUUGUAGCCGUAAAUGGAAAGACAUCACUAGAGGGAGACAAAUCUGAUGACCUUUAGCUUUAAAGAUUUAAUUGGUAACAUCAAGAUCCCCCCCGUAGUUUUUAUAGCAUCUGUGUUUUUGGUAGUACUACCGCUGUAUUUUUUGACAACAAUGUAAGAGUAAUAACGAGUACUUAACAUUUACAUUUGUUAAUCAAAUGAUCUCAAACAAUGUCUGUGAAGAACACUGGGGUUGGCUUCCCGGCUGAUUGACCUAGUGAUUAGUCUGAAUAUUCUGCCAAUCGGCAUGAUGAAGUUGUAGCAAUCGACACGCAUUCUGCAUGUGCAUUAGUUAUGUGACUGAUGUGUUUUUUAGACUCGUUGAAUUCAAAUCUGAUCAACUCUGUUCUUGGAUUAUCAAUUAUGUAUCAAUUUUG